AUGAACGCAGCUGUUCUGCACCAAUCUGUUGGGGGCAUUCAGCAUUGUGGUUGUGACAAUAGUUUGGGGUCUAUAAAGGGAUCAAGGAUUUCCUCUUUGAGAUUUUUCUCAAAGCGUUUUGAAGCUGGCGUCGGAGGGAAUUGCAAUUCUAGACCGUUUGGAUUGCGUAUUAUUCGCACUUCGGCUUCUCAUUCUUUGGUGGUGGAUGAGACUGCUACAUCUGACUUAGGUGACAGUACCAAGGAUUCUCUUAAAACGUCAGGGGAAGCUGCAUUGAUAUUAAUUCGGCAUGGUGAGUCUUUGUGGAAUGAGAAGAACUUGUUCACUGGUUGCGUUGAUGUGCCUUUGACAAAGAGAGGCGUAGAUGAAGCAAUCGAGGCUGGUAAAAGAAUUAGCAGCAUACCAGUAGAUUUGAUAUAUACAUCUUCCCUGAUUCGCGCACAGAUGACAGCUAUGCUUGCGAUGACUCAGCACCGCCGCAAGAAGGUGCCUAUUAUUAUCCACAGAGAGAAUGAACAAGCCGAAAGUUGGACUCAAAUUUACAGUGAAGAGACCAAUAACCAAUCAAUUCCAGUUAUAACAUCCUGGCAAUUGAAUGAGAGAAUGUAUGGAGAAUUACAGGGUCUUAAUAAGCAGGAGACAGCUGAAAAAUACGGUAAGGAGCAAGUGCACGAGUGGCGUAGAAGUUAUGAUAUUCCUCCCCCAAAAGGCGAGAGCUUGGAAAUGUGUUCAGAAAGAGCUGUUUCCUAUUUCAUUGAACAUAUUGAACCGCAUCUUCAAUCCGGAAAGCAUGUGAUGGUGGCUGCUCAUGGGAAUUCAUUGAGAUCUAUAAUUAUGUAUCUUGACAGAUUAACUACUCAGGAGGUUAUUAGCUUAGAGUUAUCCACUGGGAUCCCCCUUCUCUACAUAUACAAAGACAGGAAAUAUAUGAAUAGGGGAAGUCCUGUAGGACCAACAGAGGCCGGUGUAUAUGCUUAUACAGAUAGUCUAGCUCUUUACAGGCAAGAAUUGGAUGAAAUGUUGCAUUGAACUUUUUAAUAAAAGAAGAAAACCUGAUUUAACUUUCUCAAGUUGCUUAGCGUGCAUAUCUACAGAGACUAAU